CUUCGUUGGACGCGUCUCUCUCUCAUUCAACAAAAUAAUAAUAAUAAUAUUCAUAAAUAAAACGAAAGGGAAAGGAAAAAAAAGGACGAGCUAAUACGAUCCUCUUUCUUCAGAAUUGCGCAAAGAUCGUAAGUUUAAUUUCGAGGCCUUUCUGUAUUCUUCUUGCUGCAUUGGUGUUGCCUGGAGUAUAAUUGCACGCGGAAGUUGUGAUGGCAAUAGACCAGGGUGAGCUUACCACUGAGCAGGUUCUUACAAGGGAUAUUCCAUGGGAGACAUACAUGACCACAAAACUUAUCAGUGGAACAAGCCUUCAGCUGUUAAGGCGUUAUGAUAACAGACAAGAGAGUUACAGGGCACAGUUGUUGGACGAUGAUGGUCCAGCAUAUGUACGAGUAUUUGUUAGCAUUCUACGUGAUAUAUUUAAGGAAGAAACAGUGGAAUAUGUUCUAGCAUUAAUUGAUGAAAUGCUUACAGCAAACCCGAAAAGAGCAAGAUUGUUCCAUGAUCACUCUCUUGCAAACGAAGAUGCUUAUGAGCCUUUCCUAAGAUUGCUUUGGAAGGGCAAUUGGUUUGUACAGGAGAAAAGCUGUAAAAUACUUGCUCUGAUUGUGAGUGCUAGAAAACAAAAUCAUGAUGGCAGUUUUUCAAAUGGUGAUGCCUCAAACUCCAAGAGGCAAAUUACUGCCAUUGAUGAUGUUUUGGAUGGACUGGUGAAAUGGCUUUGUGCACAGUUGAAGAAUCCUUCACAUCCUAGUCGUGCCGUACAGACUUCUAUCAAUUGUCUUGCAACUCUGUUGAAGGAACCAAAGGUCAGAUCCUCAUUUGUCCAAGCAGAUGGAGUGAAAUUGCUUAUUCCUUUGAUUUCUCCUGCAUCGACCCAACAAUCUAUUCAGCUUCUAUAUGAAACAUGUCUUUGUGUUUGGCUCUUAUCAUAUUAUGAACCGGCAAUUGAAUUCUUGGCCACUUCUAGAACCCUUCCAAGACUUAUCGAAGUUGUCAAGAGUUCCACAAAAGAGAAGGUUGUUCGAGUUGUUAUUUUGACCUUGAGGAACUUACUCCACAAGGGGACAUUUGGAGCUCAAAUGGUGGGUCUCGGACUACCACAAAUUGUUCAGAGUUUGAAAUCACAAGCAUGGAGUGAUGAGGACCUUUUGGAGGCUUUGAAUCAACUGGAAGAGGGGCUGAAAGAUAAUAUCAAGAAACUAAGUUCUUUCGACAAGUAUAAGCAAGAAGUCCUUCUCGGCCAUCUUGACUGGUCUCCUAUGCACAAAGAUGUAAAUUUCUGGCGUGAAAAUAUUACAAGCUUUGAAGAGAACGACUUCAAGAUAUUGAGGGUCCUAAUCACCAUCCUGGACACUUCAAGUGAUCCAAGGGCUCUGGCAGUUGCCUGCUUUGAUAUUUCCCAGUUCAUUCAACACCAUCCGGCUGGGAGAGUUAUAGUGACAGACCUCAAGGCCAAAGAAAGAGUGAUGAAACUGAUGAAUCAUGAGCAUGCUGAGGUUACCAAGUAUGCCCUCCUUUGCAUCCAAAGGCUCUUCCUAGGUGCCAAGUAUGCCAGUUUUCUGCAAGCUUAAUUCAGUUUUUUGGUGAGACACACUUGUGUAAGUUAUAAUAAACCCAUCUACUUAAUUUUAUUAAGUAAUUAUCUUAAUUUUUUGGGUUUUUUGGUGUGAAUCAUGAGAGAUUUUAUUCCUUUCUUGCAUUCCCAGAAUAUUCUUGGACUCGUUGAAUAAAGUCACCAGGUUUUCCUACCUUGUGUUUUGCCUUUUGAUGUGUAUUAAUUUGGAAAUUGAGGAGACCCUCUCAAAGUUGGAAGGA